AUGGCUGCCCAGACCUACAUUGCCAUCUCUGAGCUGCAUCCCAACUUCUCCCAUCCGAAAGUGGCAGGCAUCAUCAUUGGGAAAACUGAUGUCAAAAGCUUUCCUGACAGAAAAAAUAUUGGUACAGACAGAUUCACUUUUGGCUUCACUGUUAAGGACUCACCUGACUUCUUUAUUAAUGUGACCGCCUGGGGAAACGAUGGCUACAUCAACGGGCUCUCCAGCAGCUUCGGCAUCGGAGACUGUGUGAUCAUCGAAAACCCUUUAGUUGCCAGCAAGGACCCAGAGAAAGGGGACAGAUUCUGUCCCACAACACCAAGCCUCUACAGGCUGCUGGUGACCGAGGCUCAUUCCCAGGUGUGUCUGUGUGCUGACAUAGACGCCAUCAACAGGCUGCUGCCACUCAUCCACCUGCCAGUGAAGGACUCCAGAGAUUUCUACUCUCUGGGAGACAUUGUGGCCAAUGGAGAGAGGCUGAAUGGCACAGUGAUAAAUGUGCUGGCUGCAGUGAAGUCGAUUGGAGAGAUGAAGCACUUCACCACUUCAGACAGACGCAAAGGGCAGAGGCUGGAAGUGAAGCUCUUUGAUGACUCCGUCUCUUCCUUCCCCCUCGUCUGCUGGGACAGAGAAGCCAUUCAGCUCAUGCAAACUUUGAUACCGAAGGAGACGGUGCUCUUCAUAGCCGACGCGAAGAUUAGCUUUGACAGCUUUCGCAACGGCAUGGCGGCAACCGUUAACUCGAAAACCAUUAUCACUGUCAACCCUGACACCAGAGAGGCCAGCCUGCUGUUCAGCUACGCUAAAGAACUGUCUGAGUCUGGUGCUCUGGAUCAAGAUGAGAAGCCAGAGGAUGUGGCUGUGGACUCCAUCAGUGACGUGUACACAGUGAGCCAGCUGAAGCAGAAGGCCCAGGAGAACCCAGAGGCUUUCUUUGGCAUCACGUACAGCUUCAUCUCCAAGCUCGACCUCGACUCGUCUGUUUCAAAAGUCAUCAGGACACGGUGCUGCAGGUGUAAGUUUCAGGCGACGGGGGACCUGCAGAGCUGCACCAACCAGUUGUGUCCAGGGAGGGAUCAGGCCUUUUCAGCGUCUACAGGCUUUGACCUGCUGGUGGACUUCACAGACCAUACCGGCACCCUGCAGGCCUGCGCCCUCAGGAGCCCAGUGGCAGAAAAAGCACUCGGCUGCACGACGGAGGAGUUUACCAGCUUGACUGAUGACCAGCGGACUGCAAUGAAGUGGAAGUUCCUUUUGGAGAGAUGCAAAAUAUAUGUGAAGAUACUUCCCUCCACUAAAGUGAGGAGUGGGAUCAGGGCGGUGGUCCUGGCCUGCUCACUGGCUGACCCAGGAGAGGUGAAACAGCACAUGUGUGCCCUGCUGCAGCGGCUGUGA